ACUGUGUGUAUAACAGUUUGAGGUGUCAGUAACAUAACCUCAAUUUGUGCAUUGUCUGGGUCCUCUGAGUUUGUUUUUUUAGCUGUGGGGCCCUGAAUAGAUGAAGAAGUGAUCCCUUUUGUGCACAGUAUUCAUACAUUUGGUCUCCGGCACUGACCAAUCGACUCCCAGACAUCCGGCCUUUGAGCUCACAGAAUGAGCUUUGAGUUCCACGAAUAUCCCAACGAAUCUGAAUUGAUAUCCGAAUUCAGGAAAUACAUGCUGGCCGCAGACAAUGUGGAGAAGGAGACAAUCUGCAAUUACUUGUUCAAUUCCCUGGUUGAGGAUGCUAUCUUAGGUGUUGUGCUGGAGGUACAUUGUGACGCCAGGACGGGAAUAUCGGCAGCUAUUGAGGGACAGCCGGAGGAUACGAAACCAUUUGCUUUAAUUGACUUACCGGAUAUUGAUGUAUUUGGCGCUGCCAAUGCCAAGAAAGCUAUUGAUUGUACAUGCCCCAACUGUGAUAGAUCUGUGGCUGCCUCCAGGUUUGCGCCGCAUCUCGAGAAGUGUAUGGGAAUGGGUAGGAAUUCCUCGAGGAUUGCCAGCAGACGGAUAGCUAGUACUCGGGGAACGAGUGAACUCUUUGGUACGGUUAGUGACGAUGAAGAUGAUGCAGACUGGUCAGGAGAGAAGAGAAAGAAGAAAUUCCAGCCCGUCCGAACGAAUGGCACAAAAAAGAAUGGGAAAACUUCUUGAAAAUAGGAGAAAAUUCGCAUCUUUUAGUUUGAUGUCCAAGGAUAUAUUUUUUUCUUUAAUUCUUAGAUUAAUUCUUUCUCAGGUAAAGUGACACAUUAAUUUAACAAGACGAAAAUAUCAUCAGAAAACUUCCUUAAAUUCACGAUAAAAGGUUUCCAGCAGUGAGACUCCUCAAGCGCCCUUCCCGGAGGAUUUUUUUUCUCCUUUCCUGGAGACCAAAAGUAAUCAUUGCAAAGUUCUUCAAACCUUCCCAAGAAUUCAUUCAGAUGCCCCACAAUGUACAUAGAAUUUAUUUUCAAAAGAGCUUUAUUUUUACUCUAAACAAUUUAUUUUUAAAAUAUCGUGUGAAAAAAAUGUAAUACGACGCUUCUUUUUUUUUGUAAUAAGCAUUAAAAGAAAUCCAGAAACUCAUUUAAAUUGAGAAUCUGCAUUGAAAAUAUUUCUGUAAAAUUUAUUUCUCUUUUUUUCUGUCUCUAAAAAAUAAUUAUUUUAUGGCCAAUUUAUUGACAAUAGAAAUUGCUAAAAAGAAAUUACCAAAUAGAAUGACUAAUUUCCUUAGCAAAUUUGUCAUCCUAUUGUUCACAGUGAGUUUUCUCUGGCUAAAUACAUAAAAAAACAUAUAAAAUUAUAUAACAGAAAAUACAAUAAAAGAUAUUAUCAGUAUGUAACAGAGAUUCCUCUAUUAACCGAACAAACUUCUUCCAUAAGUUCUAUUGCUGUGGAAGUUCUAUUUAAAAGUGACACAAAUACAGAUGAAUCUUUCAAAAAGAAUCCCUCAAAGUAAUUUGUAAAUAUUCUGCAUGAGACAUCUCAAAAAAAAAAGACACUGAUAUCAAAGUUUUUUUGUGCGAAAUUUAUUGACUUAACAUUAUUAAUCGUGGAAAAAUACUGUAAUCUCUAGACAUUAAAAUAAUCAUUGAUAAAUGUUUCAAGAAAAAUCAGUGUGAUUACUCGUAACACCAAAAAAAAUAUAUUCAGUGGCAAAAUGGUGUCUAAUCAAUAAUUACAAAAAAUAUAUAUAUAUAUAUUUCUGCUAUAAUUAUCAAUAAAUGAGAAAGAACAUGAAUCUUAACACAGGAACAUUUAGUGAAUGUAUGAUCAGGAAGCCAAAAAAAAGAAAAGAAAAUGUCUAGAAAUUCUGGUGAGUGAAGAAUACUGAUUGAGUUAAAAUAAAAUUUGUAUAUUUCUGUGAAUGGAAAUUGUCAUGAGAAAAAAUUAAAUUUUGUACACUAUGGGUCAAUCCAGGUGUUCAGUAAAA